UUACCCUGGUGAGCCAUGUGCCAAAGGUUGCCGACCCCUGUUCUAUGUAAUAAUUACAGAUAUUCUGGUUUUAGGGUGAUGUUCAGAGCAUAAUGACUUCCUUUAACAAUGGAAUCAUCAACUGCUCUUUCAUUACAAGAAAUCCCAUAUCGACUCAGUCAAAAGCUGCCAGCAAUUUGUACUUCAUAUUUCUGGCCCAGGGACCAUCAUCAGCUGGAAAGAUACAGAAGCAUCCUAGGACACCCUUUAUCACUCCUCAGAAAGUGAACAUUUCAAGCUAUGAAGCAGUAGGUGGCACCAGUUCUACACCUUCUAUUAUUAAGGCUCAUGGGGCCCUGAUGCUGAUAGCCUGGAUGACCACAGGAAGUAUAGGAAUGAUAUUUGCUAGGUAUUUGAAGAAUGCUAUCGGAAAAACUCUCCUUGGCAAAGAUAUUUGGUUUCAGAUUCAUUUGUCUCUGAUGGUGAUAACUGUCGCAGAAACAAUAACUGCCUUUGUACUGGCCUUUGUAGCAGUAAUGGGAUGGGCUAAUGAUGCAGAAGCCCAUGCUGUCAUCGGAUGCAUUGUCAUGAUUCUUUCUUUCUUUCAACCAGUGAUAGCUUUUUUUCGGCCUUCUCCUCAAAGUAAAAGGAGAUUUAUUUUUAACUGGUUUCAUGCUCUAAAUGCUUUUGUCAUAAAAGUCCUGGCCGUUGCUGUCAUAUUUCUGGGACUACAGAUGCUUGACUCAUCUCCCAGCCGAUGGAUGGUCAAAACUAUGGGAGGAUUUGUAGGAUGGGAGGCAUUAGUGUACAUAAUGCUUGAUGCAAAUGCUUGGUUGAAAAAGAAAGAGAAAUAUGAAGAUUCACAUAGGAAGGUAAAAAAUGAAAUGGUUCUAUUUUUAAUAUAUACAUGUGGAAACCUGGCAUUUUUAAUAGCACUGCUUGUGGGAAUUGGAAAAUCCUAAAAUGGACAGAACUUAUCUUGGAGGAAUGAAGAUUAUUCCGAUCUUGAGACACUUCUAGAGUAAAUACAAAAAAAAUGAACACUGAAUAGAUGUGUUAGCAAGUUUUUAAUUGUUUAUAAAUAAUAUUUUAUGUUCUCUAAUUGACACAUUAUCAUUUUCUACACAAUAAUUGAAAAUAAUUUUUAUAAAUGAGAUUCCAUUAGCUACUUAUUGGAGAUGUUCUACACAGUAUAGUAUGAUGCAGAUAAUUAUUUCUGACAUGAAAGGUAAGAAGGCAAUAUAUAAAUGCUAGGUGUUCACAGUUGUUUCAUAUUACACUCCUUUCUAACCUUUGUCGAUGUUUCCAUCUUUAACAAGAGAGGAUUUGUUUGUGUAGAGAAAAAGUUGAGGACCUGAUUUUCAUAUGACUAACUUAGACUGAACUGCACAGGCAAAUCUCUGUGCCCAUCAGAGUCCUGUUGGCUUCAGGAUUUCAGUGAGGCUCAGUGCAGGCUCAGAGGUCCAUCGGCAAGGUUCCCAGUACAAGGUCAGGGCCACAGAGCAUGUCUACACAGGAGCUGGAAGGUGUAAUUCCAGCUCAAGGAGAUAGACCUGUGCUGUCUCUGAUCAAGUUAGCACUCAAAAAAACAGAAGCAUCAUCAUGGCUGCACAAGCAGCAGAACAAGGUAGCUACACUGAGUACAUACAUAUGGUCUUGGACAGGAUCGUACUUGGGGCCCUAGCCCAUGCUGCUCUCAUGCCACAGUGGCCAUACUUCUUUUUUUUUUUUUUAGCAUGCUAGCUUACUCAGAGCUAGUUUAGCUAAGUCUCCUCAAGCUGGAAUUUAAACCUUCCAGCUCCUGUGCAGACCUAUUCCCAGACUACUGUAGGCUUCUGUUCCCAGUGAUAUCAACCAAAAAACUCCCUCUGACUUACAUGGUGCAGGAUCCGACCUAUAGUCAGUGCCUGGCUGUGUUCAUGCUUGUUCAGAUUUAAUGGGUAUUUCUAAUAUAAUUCCUUGUUUUCAAAUGCUCAUAACUUUCUUUUUUAGUCUGAAAACAGGAACAUGAGAUUUAAAAUGCAGCUAUGUUUUGAAAAUUGUAAAGGUCCCAGAACCCAUGAUGUACUCUAUAUAAGCUUCUUUUUUAUUAAUUGAUUGUAGUUUUUAUAAUGCAAUGUACAUAUGAUGAAUAAUAAAGCAGGUCUCAAAACAGGCUAACUAGUCCAUAACCUUCAGUUGUGUAGCCAUAUUAUAUAGUCAUCUACUGGAUAGAAAGUAUAUAGGGCCCAAAUCCUGCUCACCUGCCUCAUAUGAAUGGUCCCACUGAACUUCAAUGGGAUUUGGCCCAUGAUGGUUACUUUUGAAUUUUUGCUGAAAUAUAUUUAUAACACUUAAGAUAUUAAAAACAGUGUUCAAAAGAAUGACACAAUGUACCUUAAACUUAGAAGAACCCAUUGAUUAUUAUGCUAUAGGCCUUUGGAUGAAAAAUGGCUUUAUGGAAUUUAUAGGAUUGCAGCUUUUAUGCAAUAAUAUAUUAUCCCUUUUGUCACUGCUGAGAUAAUAAAGCAAUAUCACUGCAUACAACUGUUUUAUGCAGUGUUGUAGCCAUGUUGGUCCUAGGAUAUGAGAGAGACAAGGUGG